GUUUGUGUCGAAUGCUGUGGGUAUUCAUACCAAACAGAGACAUUGGAGCGUCGAAGUUCCCUUGCUCCUUGGAAUGAACAUUGUACAUGGCCAAGAGUCGGGCUCUACCCCAACGAGUUCGAAUCUUCUUUCAUUGAGUUCAAAGUGUAUGCCAGGAACUGGUUCACAAGAAACUAUUUGAUCGGAAAAGCUUCAUUGCAGCUGUCAUUCGUCAACAAGCGCCAGCACCAUUUGUAUGCCAGACGAUGGCUCCCACUGCGAAGGGACGACAGUCCGGCUGUGUCUGGCACGAUCAACGUGACAAUCUUCGUGCUGAAGCCUUUCGAACUUGCGCCGAGUUUGUCUCUUCAGACCUCGGAGCAAGUGGAUGCUGGUGAAGAGGCAGUUGCAAACCAAGCCGAUCAUGAGGGCUUAGAAAGUGCUGUUUUGACUCAAUCAGUUGAUGCCCAAGCAGGACGUGCGCACUACGUCAGAUUGAACAUUUUUCGGGUGGAGGAGCUGCAAGACAACGGCGGCGCGCCGAGCCCAUACAUAACUGUGGAGUUUUCUGGCAGCCUGGUAAAGACAUCGACAGGCAAGCAAGUUCGACAAUACACCUUCAAUGAGUGCUUGCAAAUUCCAGUUGUUACCCCAGUAUACGAGGACACAAUCAUCCUCAAGCUUUGGAGUUGCAACUGGUUCUCCCCAGACGAGCUUUUGGCCCAGGGCCUCCUGUCGUUCAGUGAGCUGCGAAGUCAUGCCCUGCCACCGCGUUGGUUCAACUUGUAUGGUUGGGAUGCCGAUGAGCUGGCAGAGCUACAGCUGACGAGUGGUGGCGACAAGGAGCCAGAAGCACACAUUUUCAAAGGGCGCUUGCUGGUUUCGGGAUCUGUGGAGCCGCUGGAUGCAGACGAGGAGCUGCAGCCGCCAAAAUCGGUGCCUGCAAGAUUCGAGCUGGAGCCGGCUAUGAUACAGCUCUCCAUAAUGGCGGACGUGUACAUGGUGACUGGGGCCGAUGCUCGUCAGUGCCAGGUUGAGGUAAGCUUUGGCGGCGUGAGAGGCUCCACAAAGUGGGUCUCUUAUGAUGCUGCUCCCAUGGACGAUCCAUCUGAAGGGACUGAUGCCUUUGCAGACGAGGUUGUGGAAGGAGAGGCCAUGGGCUUCAAAACAUUUUCGUUUUCCGAGAAGUGUGGCCGAGUUGAGACGUUGGUUGCCAUGACAGCGGAAGCCGAAGACUCGCAGCCAUCGGUGACCAUCAGCCUCUACACAUCAGGUUACUUGCACGGUUCCAGGCGAGUCGCGUUUGCAAACUGUCGAAUUGCAGAUUUUUACAGAGGAAGCCCUCAAGAUGCAGUAAAGCCGACGUCGAUUCCGCUGCUCCCGCUGUUGAACAGCGACCCUGGCUCCUCUGCUUCCGUAUUGAUCGCUCUGCGUUCCACGUUUCAGAACGCUGACUCCAGGAGUCUGAGGAAACAAGUCAAGCCGAUGGUGUAUCUCUUGCGAGCUUACUGCUUCACGGCACGGCAGAUUCAGCAUUCCUCCAUUCGCCACGAUACUGAAGCUGGCAAAUUUGGGCUUACCAUCAGCUGCACGGGGAUGUCGAGACGAACAGAGGCCGUAAUUGGCCCACGGCCACUGUGGAUGCAGCCUACCGAGCUGAAGAUUCUUCUCUGCUCAGACUCCACACGUGAACCGCCAGCUACUGAACCUAUCUCGGUUCAACUCUGGCAGGAAGGCCAAGUGACAAAUCAGGAUCUAGGGAAGGCCGUAUGUGUCUACUCUCACAUGCGCCGCAAAGACGAUGCUGGAAAGUGGGAGCCAUAUAUCCUGACUCCACAAUGGAUUAAACUUUUUGGAGAUCAAACGGGAUCAAGAUGUGUUGGCGAAAUCCUGGUGGCGUUUGAGCUGCUGCUUUUCAAGCAUCGUCACGAGCCAUCUCUGGGUCCUCGAGACAUGUGGCCGCAACCCUUGGAGAGAUUUGAUGAAAGGCAUCAUAUUUGUCGUUUGCGAAGGGCCACGGUUCAUUUUUCUUUGCUGGGCUUGCGGGACAUCUUGCCAUUGCCACGUGUGAAGUCCUUGGGUGCUGCGGCAGGCACAGUGCAUGCUUCUCACCCUGUCGUAACAGUUGAGGUGGCCACCUUUUUGGGUGCCUCAGCCUCCAAAGCUGCAUCCCCAACACCCGGGAAGCAUCAUGAGAAGGCUACAGCCAGUAAUGCUAGCAAGCGCCUCGAGUUCAAGUUCGCAGAUGUUGCCGGCACGUUGGAGCGAAGCAAACGGCUCAAGCCUUGGAUCUCCAGGUUGGCUGCGCUAAGCAACGAGGCCAUGAACUUUGAUUUCUGCACAGCUGGCAAAUUACAGUGCCUUCUACCAGAGAAAGGUGCUUUUGAGCCAUAUCUUGUCAUCCGCGUCCACGAGCCACCGUCCUCAAUCGCAGCUUCUGUUGGUUACGAGUCAUACCCUAUUGGCGAGGCGCUCAUCAGCCUGCAGGACAAGCGACCAUGUUGUUGGUUGGAAGGCGUCAGCCUGUCUAAGCCAUAUGAAGCUCAACAGGAUCGGAUAGCAAGACUUGUCCGUGAAGCCAGGCAGCAACUGGAGGCCCGGGACAAGUUUCAGCAGCAGAGCCUGGAGGAUCUGAGGAAGGGAAUUGAGGCGUGGAGAAAGCAAUUCUACAGUGGACUCAAGGUGGAGGUGCGCGAUGAGGUCCAGGAAACUGGAUUUGUGGAUGCGGCUGGAGUACCAUUACCUCUCAAGACAGCAGGAGCACGGCGACCAGUUCCAGCCAUACCUUGCAGUGGCUUGAACGUACAGCAGGAGGUCACGUUCUCUCCGCGCCAAGGCGCCAGAGUCAAGGAAGCUGGUUCACGUAAAUCCGUCAGUGGAAAUCUGGAAAAUGCACAUCCGUUCGACGCAUCGUUUUGGUACAGAUCUGUGCGUCUCAGCAAGAACCAAGACAUGGUUCAAUCUGCUCAACGUGCCGCCUGUAGCUUCGAGCCUGCGGGGGUUUUUGGUUUCAUCAAGUGCGCGUUCAAGAUUGUUGACGGCUGGGAAUCGCCCGAUGGGGAAGAUGUUGAUGAGGGUGACGAUGUUGAUGACGAUGAGAAUGACGACGAUGAUGCAGAGGAUGCAGAGGGCCUUGCUUUGGACGAAGUUAUCCUUGCGAAGGCAGAGAAGAAGCCUGAGGUGCAAGGCGAGGACAUCAUAAAGCUGAAAACGAGCUUUGGACAUGACCCCGCCCUGGACGACUUCGCAUUUGCUGACGACACAAUGUUCAGGAAGUUUCGAGAUAUUGAAUCUGUACCACCAAGGAUACGUGUUCGCUUGUAUUUUGUGAAGGCAGUUUGCAUUCACUACAAGAGUACUGGUCUAGCAGAUCCAUAUCUUGAUGUUUGCCUCGGCCGUGAGCAUUCGAUAUCGAUGCGGAACAUGGCUCAACUGCAGACAAACACUCCAGAUUUCCACCGCAUCGAAGCGCGUGACAUCAUACUUCCAGAGGACUCGCGUCUGGAGGUGACGGUCAAGUCUCUUGAGGAUCUUGCCUUGCAAGAUUCCGUUAUCGGUGGCACUGUCAUUGACCUAGAAGAUCGAUGGCAUUCCAGCUUGUGGCAAGCUGGCAACAGGAAGCAGAUGCUCCCAACGGAGAACAGAUCUCUCCACUGUGUGGAAUUUCCCGGCCGAAACCGUGGCAGUCUUGAGAUGUGGGUUGAGAUGAUCGAGUCGUCUGAUGCUGCUGCAGUAAAGCCAUCGACUCUGAGCAAGCCGCCCACAACGGAGCUGGAAGUUCGAUUGGUCAUCUGGACAGCAGCUGGCGUGAAGCUUGCGAAUGGCGAAUCCACGAAUGUGCAGAUUCAGACACAGCUUGACUGUAAAGAAUACACUGGCGAAUAUGAUGCCCUACAGCAGACGGAUGUUCACUUCAACUCCGUGGAUGGCAAGGCUGUCUUCAACUGGCGCAUGGUGUAUCCAAGGAUCAAAAUGCCAUCUUGGUCUUGCACCAUGACAGUCAGUCUGUACCACCACGAGUUAAUGGGAGACACAUUUCUGGGCAGCUUUGACCUUGACCUUGGCAAAUACCUGGAAAGGGUUGCUCGCGACUCAGACGCUCUGACGGUGGGCCCAAGCGACAUAACCUUUUACGACGGGGAGGAGGAAGAUGUAGGCUCUGUCAACAUGACAAUGUGGGUUCUCACACAGGCAGAGGCGCAGGGUAGGCGAGUGGGAAUUGCCCGGGAAGAACCCAAUGAAGAUCCGCAACUGCUGACGCCAACAGAAGGCCGAGACUGGGGCACCUACCUGUCAUCCUUGGGCUUUGCAUGGCCGGACUUUGGGCUCUGGAAGAAGUUGCUUUGCCAUGCAAACGAAGUUACAGUGUAA